CCCUCCCGGCCACCGCCUCCGCGCGCUGCUGACGCAAGGGCGCGUGCGCGGGCGGCCCUGGGCUCCGCGGACGUCACCUCGGCCCGCGCAGCCUCGCUCGCGGCGCUGACGUCACCGCUCCGCCCCCGCGCGCGGGCAGGUCGGCACCCCGGGUUGGGCCCCAGCCCCCACCUUGGGCUCCGGGAAAACGUGGAGUCCGGCUAGACCGGGCUGAGGUCCACAUCCGGAAGGGCCUUGGGUGAGGAGCGGACGGGUGCAGGGCGCGGGGGGUGGGGGUGGGUCACACCUGGGCUCGUGGCUGGGCAGGUGCUGUGGCCGAAAGAGGCUCCCACACCAGGGAGGCCCGGGGCCUGGCGCCCAGGCCCCCGCACCCUCUCUAGGUCAGCGCUGUGAGAGGUACUCGUGGAAUCAGUCCUUAUGCGCUGGGCAUCCUGGCCCUAGUCAGGUGUGUGCAGAGGGAAGCUCUGCUCCCAUUUCUUAGGGGUGCGUCCUGUGCACGGCUUGCUCGUCCCGGAACCCUGGAUCCUACUGGAAAAGAGGCCUAUUUUCAUAUGCUUCUCAGACCCAUCUAUUGGACUUGUCUCUAAUCCCCACUCCAGGGUAGCCAAGGGGUCGGCGCAUCACCUGUUACUCAGGUCCCCAACCCGGGUUUAUCCUGGAAUUCUCUGGUGUAUCCAUCGACAAGCCACCCAGCUCGGCCCCUGUAGCUACCUUUACUGACUUGGAUGGCCACAGGCUCCUCCCCUAGCUUCACCAGGGCACCUUCUCCACAAACAGCCAGAGGGACCACAUCAUUCCCCUGCUGGGGACACAAGCUGCCUCCCCCUGGUCCUCCAACACAUUCACAUUCAGCCCACACACUUGGGGACCUCAGGGACUUUGCCCAUGCAGUUCCCACACGCCUGGAGCCAGCCUUCCCGGGUAAUUGUCCACUUGACUGCCCCUUGCCCUCCUUGGGCUGUGUCACCCUUUCAUCCACUGGACACCUUCUCUCCAGGGUGCUGCCCCUGUGCUAUGCUCUGCUCUCGGACCCAGCUGUAAAUGAACUGCUUUUGGAGGUCACCGCAGUGGGGGCAGGGGUGAGGAGGGACACAAGGCAGAGGAACAAGUAACAGGCAACGACGUGCAGGGCCUCGGAGAGAAGCAAAGCGCAGCAGAGCUCCGGAAUGUGGGGUGGGAGUUGCUUUGUUAGCAAAGGGAGUCAAGAGGAGAUGAAGACUUCGUCGUUGGGAAAGAGGUGAAGGAAGCUCCGGAGGGGACAAGCUCUCUGGGCCUGGCACCUGCACGUGCAAAGGCCCUGGGGUUGGACUGGGCCUUCCUCUUUCACUGGAGGAGAAAGGGGUGCCAUUGUGCUGUGCUGAACACAAGGCCUGGCAGGCUGGGAUGGGACCCCGACCUGGCUGGUGGCAGAUUGGUGGCCUGAGCAUCUAGAAAGAUGAGGCACAACUGUCUGAGAAAGAGCAGUUUGGGGUUGACCAGGCAUGGGGUUUCUGCAGGGGUAGUCCUGUUGUCACCCCACCCCAGGCAAGCCCUGGUGGCACUCAGAAUGCGUUGUGUUCCAUUAUCUUUGCUGCUCAUCCUAACAACAAGACAACCCUGACAGUGCUGCCCAUGUAGGGGAAGAAAAGUGGGACAUGUGCCCUGGAGCCCCUAGGCUGUGCACCCCGGAGACUCCCAAACCGGGGAAGCGAUGGUUAGGGAGUCUGGGCACCCCCGGACUCCAGGCCGCGGGGAGUCGUGCGCCCUGGGACCAACACCCCUUUGGUCCCCCGUCCCCGGGGAUCCAGUGAAGGUCGAGGAAUCGUGCCUCAGGGGCCGGGGGCGGAGAUUCAGCUGCCUCGGGAGAGGGCGGCUUCGCGUGGGGAGGGGGCGCCCAGGAGCACAGGCUCCGCCCCCCGCCCCCGCCGGAAGGGACGGGGAGGCGGUGGCCGGCGCGGAGCAAGCGAGAAGCGGCGGCGAGCGAGGUGGGGGCGGCCGGCCGGGGACCCGGCAGCACCGGGCGGCACCGAGCGGGUCGGAGCGGGCUGGCCGCCAGCGCGGUCACGUGUGUGACCCCUCCUCUCGCGCCUGUCUCCCCCGCGCGCCGAGCUCUCCAUUCAUAAAUUCUCCGCCUGCUCCGCGGCUACCGGGCGCCGGAGCCCGCCGGGAGCGCCGUGCAGCAGCCCGCCCGCCGCCCAUGGGCCGCGCGCCCCGGCGCUGAGGUAGGCGCGCGGGCCUGGGGCUGCACCGGGGCGGGCGGGGGACAGGACGAGGCCGCACGGCCCGCCCUGGCUAGAGACCACCGGCCCUCUCCCGCGAGGCGGCGAGGCCGGAGGCAGGGAGCGGAGGGGCCAGGGCCGGCGUGGGGGCCAACCUGCCAGGCUCUGCACCCGUCUUCGGCGGCCCGGAGAGGGACCCUCGCCCACGCCCUCCCUCAGCCUCAGUUUCCCCCUGAGAAAUGCGGCGAGGGCCGUGGCGUUUCCGCCCCCGGGCUUAGCCCGGGGUUGAGAUGUGCCCGAGGUCGGCUGUCUGCAUCUCAUCACUCGCCAUCCCGGUCCCCCGGGCCGGUUGGGGACGCGGGGGUGGGCGCGGUGGCGAGCCCGAUCGGGAGCCGAGGCCCGGCAGGACUUUAGGGUGGCCCGUGGGCAACCUCCGCCCUGGUCUCCCGUCCCCACCUGCUCCCUAGGAGUCCACCUCCCUUCCCCUUCGGCCUCCUACUGUCUUUCCUGGUCUCCUGUCAUCGUCCCUGUGCCUCUGCCCCCUCCCCCAUAACCUGAACUCAUUUCCCGACCUACAUAGAGGCGCCCCCUCCCCCGAGAAUGCAGGGGAGCCGCGGCCAGCCUCUGACCCGAAGUGCCGAGGACACCUGGCUUUUCCCGGACCCUCCCCUGCUAUGGGCCUCAGUUUCCCCCGCUGUCGAGUAGGGUGAAAGUCCCAAAGGGUUGGGGGCGCUGGAACCUGUACACAGGCUUUCCCUUUCGUGUGGGGACGGGCCGCGCGCCGUGCCCACUCAGGGCUGCUGGUCGUCCCGGCCCCGGACUCGGUUUCCUGAGAUUCCAGAAUGCGGCCACCGGUCCUUCCCGCCGGGAAGAGCCGCGUGUUGGGGAGGGCGGUCAGGUGCAAGGUCCAGGCAGUCCCUCUCCCGAGAACUGAGACCCUCUCUGCCUCAGUGCUCCCGGCUCCAGGCAGACGUGGAGCCCGGCCGGCUCGGGCGGGGACGGGUGCGGCGGGGGCGCGCAGCCGACCGGGCACCGGCGGGCGGCGGCGGCAGCAGCCAUCUUGCCGCCCGGGGCUGGCUCCAGCCGCCCCUGCAGGAGGCCUCCCUCCCCCGCGCCCCCUCCCCUCCCCAGUGCUCCCUGGCAACCCGCCCCCCCCCCCAGCUUGGCCUGCUAGCUCAGUCGCCAUGGGAACCAGAUUCUUGAGGGUUGGGAACAGAUGCGCCUCCUUUGGCCUUUUCACUCCCACCGGUACUGGGCGGAGGGGGAACCUGUACAUCCAGGAGUCGUAACCUGGAGUCCCGGCGCUCAGCCCCUCCACCCCCUCCCCGGGCUGGCCAGCCCCAGGGAUGGCCCGAGUCCCCGCUAUUCUGGAACCAGUCUCCUGGGGCCGAGGCGGCCCCUCCCGCUCCCUGAUGGUGCAGGCAGGGCCCCUGGGGUCUGGCGGGAGUGAGUUGACAGCCUCAAUUUGCCUAUUCCUCGCAGAGGCACUUCUCCUUUCCUGGGCAGGGCUCCGGCCCCAUGCCACCUUGCCGGGCCGGCCCCACCGGCUGGGGAAGCUGUUGAUACGCACGCGCCUCCCCCUUUUCAAAGAUGGGGACAUGGAUGUCUGAUCUGACCCGGGUGGGGGCUGCCUCGGGGCUCCUCCCCACCUCUUCGUGAGUCACCGCCCUGUGUGGUCCCCUGCUCGAGCUCCCGGGAAAGCGGGAGGAGGGACAGAGGAGCUGGAGCUGAGCAGGCCCUGCCCCUCCAGGCCCCUCCUCCUAGCCUCAGAAUGCAGCCCACGGCCACCAUGGCCACGGCCGCCACCACCUCCACCACGGUCGCCCUGACCACGACGUGGGACAACGCCACGGGCCGCCCCACCGGGGAGCCCGACCCUGUCCUGGACAACUACAUGCUGCUGGUGGUGGUGAUGGCGCUCUUCGUUGGGGGCACCCUCGUGGUGCUGUCGGGCACGCUGCUGCUCUGCAGGCGCUGCUGGGAAGUCCACAGGCGCGUCCACAGAGCCACAGAGGAAGCAGAGAAGACCACCACCAGCUACCUGGACAAUGGCGCCCGCCCUGCCCAAGACCCCGAGUUCAGGGGGGAGGAGCCCGAGGGCCAGGACGCCGAGACCGAGCGCUUCCUGUCCACCAGCUCCACCGGCCGCCGGGUGUCCUUCAACGAGGCGGCCCUGUUUGAGCAGAGCCGGAAGGCGCAGGACAAGGGCCGCCGAUCGUCACCAUCCACGAGUGUGACUCAGGCGAGGCCAGUGCGACUGCCACACCCCACCCCACGGCCGCCCCCAAGGCCAGCCUUGCCAUCUUCCAGCUCCGCCCUGCCAGGUGACCCCUACAACUCGGCCGUGGGCCCUGCCGACUUCGAGAUCAGCCCCUCGGCUUCCAGUGACUCUGGGGAAGGCACCUCGUUGGAUGCAGGGGCCAGGAGUGCAAAGCCUGGUGGGCCAGGGGCCGCAGCAGGGCCUGGGGAGGCAGGCCCAGCCUCUGGGGCAGGCCCCGUCCUGCAGUUCUUCACCCGCCUGAGGCGCCACGCCAGCCUGGACGGGGCCAGCCCCUACUUCAAAGUCAAGAAAUGGAAGCUGGAGCCCAGUCAGCGGGCGUCCAGUCUGGACACGAGAGGCUCCCCCAAGCGACACCACUUCCAGCGGCAGCGGGCAGCCAGCGAGAGCAUGGAGCACGAGGAGGGGGAUGCCCCCCACGUGGACUUCAUCCAGUACAUCGCCAGCGCUGGUGACACUGUGGCCUUCCCGAGCCCCCGCCCCUUCCUGGCCAGCCCCGCCAGCCCCGCCAGCCCGCCCCCCACUCUCGGCAGGCUAGAGGCAGCCGAGGAGGUGGGCGCCGCAGGAGGAGCGAGCCCCGAGUUCCCCCCGGAGUGCGGCGUCAGCGCGGGGCCUGAGCAGCAGCAAGACUCAGAUGGUGAGCGAGACGCGGAGCCAGAGCAGGCCCAGACCAUCUAUCGCGACAUCUGGAGCCUGCGCGCCUCGCUCGAGCUGCACGCGGCCACCGCCUCAGACCACAGCAGCAGCGGCAACGACCGCGACUCGGUACGCAGCGGCGACAGCUCGGGCUCCGGGGGCGCCGCACCCGCCUUCCCGCCACCCUCGCCGCCGCCCACACCACGGACGGCGGACGGCGAGGCGGGCGGGCCGCGCAAGCUGCUGCAGAUGGACAGCGGCUACGCCAGCAUCGAGGGCCGCGGCGCGGGCGACGACGGGCCCCCCAGCGCGCCCGAGAAGCGCUCCUCCUUCACGAGCUCGGGCCGCGAAGCCACCGUGGGCUGCAGCUUCGAGGGUCCCACGCCCGAGGCGCCCGCCCGGCCUGGCAGCCCGCGCGCCUGGCCUCGCCGCACCCCGCGCCGCGACUACAGCAUCGAUGAGAAGACAGACGCGCUGUUCCACGAGUUCCUGCGCCACGACCCGCACUUCGACGACGCCCCUCCCGCCGCAGCGCGCCACCGCGCGCGCGCACACCCGCACCCCCACACGCGCAAGCAGUGGCAGCAGCGCGGCCGGCAGCACAGCGACCCAGGCGCGCGUGCCGCACCCUCCGCCCCACCCGCAGCCCAGCCCGGCGCCCCCCGCCCCGCACGCGCACCCCUGCGCCGCGGAGACAGCGUCGACUGCCCACCCGACGUCCGUGUGGGCGACGACCCGGCCGCGCCUCCCAUCCCCGUCAUCGAGGAGGAGCCCGGCGGCGGCUGCCCUGGCUCCGGCUUGUGCGCCGGGCCCCCGGGCGCGCUGCUGGAUAAGCUGGCGGCCAGCCUCGACGACAGGCUCUUCCCGCCACGCCUGGCCCAGCCUGUCGCCGCGGCUCCUGCGCUGGCCGUGGCCGCGCCCACGUCCCCCGACCACAGCCCGGUCUAAGCCUGCGCCCCGCGCCCACCUCGUCAGCUUAGUCGGCACCGGCGGGGCCUCGGCGCUGGACACACCUGAGGUGCGACGCCCCGGCGCGCCUGCGCUGGGACCGCGGGCCUCGAGCACGCACGCAGUGCCCCAGGCACCCUGCGCCAGCCCAAAGUGCGCACGCACACAGUCCCCUCCGGGCACUUCAUCGGGUCGACUAAAGGGAGUGUGGCGGAUUCUCAACUUAGGGGUUCCGAGGACCACAUUCAACUUCCCUUGGCCCCAGACAGCGGCCUCGGGCUAGUGACCGGGGUCGCCGCGUCCACGGCACGACGCAACGGGAAGCGCAUGCGUAGGGCUUGCAUCCUGGAGGGGCAGUGCGAGCCGACUGCGCGAGACGCAUGCGCAGAGCGCCCCUCCCACCACCAAUCGAGCCUAGCGACGCGUCCGGUUCGCACGCGUCCGGUUCGCACGCGCCGGAGUUCGCGCUAAGGCGCACGCGCAGGGACCAAGGGGCGCCGAGGCUCCGCGAAGAGAGGGCGCGCGGGCCCGGGCUGUGAGGUUAGCUCGAGGCCGUGGCCUCCAAGCCCCCGAAGCCGUUUACCUCACCGCGGCGAGUGCUCGCGGCAGUCCGCGCCCCCUCCGAGCAAUAACCGUACUCGCCGCCGCCGCCCCCAGCCCUGUACACGCCCCCCGGUCCCCUUCCUCCCGGUGUCUGCACCCUGAACCCGCCCUCCGCAUGUUGAGCGGGCCGCACUUCCCGUAACCACACCGUCCAAAGAGCAACCAGGACUCACCAGUGUUUGAGACACAAAACCCAAACGGUCAAAGUUUCAAGUUUCCCAAGCUUUAUUUAUUGCCAAAAGAUGGGGCAGCCCUCGCCAGCGGCCGAGUCGCCCUGCCCCGCCCCUCGAAGCUUCGUGCUGUCUGUGUACCAUCCAGUGAUGGAGUUUGUGUUCUGUUUUCUGAUUGAUUAUAUUUACUGCAUACU